AGGCUAAUAAAACCUGAUUUUAUUCCAGAUACUUUUUACAUGGAGCUUGUAGCAAAGGAGAUAACUGUAGAUUUUCCCAUGAUAGACGUGACAGAACAGACAAUGUGUGCAAGUAUUACCUGAAAGGCUGUUGUACAUUUGCUGAAAGAUGCAGGUAUGACCACGUCAAACAAAAAGUAAAUCAAACAAGUGAAACAAUAUUAUCAAAACCAAGAUCUACCAUCCCUCCACCUUUGAAAGAUACGACAGUUCCCACCAAUGGCAUGGUGUCAUUAAAAAAAGUGCUUCAUGGCUCGAUAGACACACCAAAAUCACCUAAACCCCCUGAAGACUGGGUAAAUGCUACAGAAUUUGUACCCGGACAACCGUAUGUUUGCUCAAAAAUUCCAUCAUCUUAUGCCAGUGCUGCGUCAGACAGUGCUAGUAAUGAAGCCUUGACUAUAGAUGAGGCUGAGCAAAUUCCUAGUCAAUUACUUUGUCCGUUUUCUGCCAAUAAGGAGUGUCGAUACGGUGAAGAUUGUCAAUAUAUACAUGGCAAUAUCUGUGAGUUGUGUGGUCUUGCUGUUUUGUUGCCAGGAGACAGUAAGCAAAAUGAGGAACACAGAAAGGAGUGUAUGGAGCGACAUGAAAGAGAUAUGGAGUUAUCAUUUGCUGUAGCUCGUAGUAAGGAUAAACAGUGCGGUAUAUGUAUGGACACAGUCCUCGAAAAGGAACCGAAGGCGGAACGGCGCUUUGGGAUUAUGUCCGACUGUAUACAUUGUUUUUGCUUAGCAUGUAUACGUAAAUGGCGUGCCACUAAACAGUUGGAUAGUAAAACAAUUAG